CUUCACAGUUUGGUUUGUGCACGCUGCCGAUAAGCCAUGUGGAUGCCUCCAGUUUGUGAUAACCCUCCACCUCUUAAGAUUGAAGAUGAGCUGCUUCCUUCAACACUUGGGACCGAAACGCCUACUGUCUCCUUCUCCAGUAGUUCAAGUAGUGACAAUCAAGAGAAUUCACAAUAUCAGGCAGCGAAUAUCAGAUUUGAAUUCUAUCCUGUCCCGCGUGCCAGAUGCUUGUCGUUUCCAUAUCAAGCCUUACCGUCUCACGGAACAACAGUGUAUUUGUAUACGUGGACUGUUCCUGCACCUGAUGUCGUUGCCAAGCUUUGCUGGGUGAAGGAGACUUGUUUUGAAAAGACAGACGGGGCUAUUGGGCUUUUGUUUUCGAAACCGAUUUCCAAGAAAGAAUAUGUUUGUCGAAUUCCCCUGUAUUUGACACGUGGUAUGGCUCGUUCGCGUGUCCGAUUGGUUGGAAAGCUUACACUUAGUGAAUGGGAAUUGGAGAGCAUAGAAUCAGCCCACUCAGUGAUAUGUGAACUGGUUACAAAUAUGGGCCAUUUGUCACAUGUUGGUCAGAAACCAUCGAGUCAGGCUCUUUGCGAUCUUAUGGAGAAACAGAAAGAUCCAAAUGAAAUUCCUGAAAGUUGUGGAGUUACACUUAUCGACCGAUUUACUGAUAUGGUGUUCAGUCCUAAGAAAGCUAACAUUUUGGCAUUGAUGACGUUAAUUCAGUUACCAGCAGGUACUAUAGAUUACGAAGGCAUUAAGAGUCUUGUAAAUUGGUCAAUUUGUCGUACGAAUUCGCUCUCCUCGGACAUUGAAAACAACAACACGAGUGGAUCAGUGAAGAUCAGACCUGUCCGUGGUAUUUUGCCUAGUUGGCCUGUCAGGCUGAGUGAAAUACCUCGAGAAGACUGGCUUGGUUUAGUUGUCAGACCUAUUCACGUUGAAGAUAAGGAUCCUGGUAUGUUUGCGAUUUCAGAGGUGUGUCCAGAAACCCCUGUAAGUUAUGUGCCGCAGUAUUUGGCUUCGAAACUCAGUAACACACAAAAUGUUGGAGAAGUGACCUAUUUAGAUUUUUACAGAAGGAAGUAUCCCGUGAUGAGAGGUCUACCCGUUGAUAAUUCAAUGCCAUUGUGCAGGACGUCACGGCUCACACGUCAUCAAAGUUGCACCCAAGUUGGUGCGGGUCUACGAAAGCGUGGACCACUCCCCAAACAGUCAGCAUUUGUAUGUGAAGGGUGUUUAGUACACCCAUUAUCUUCCUGGCUUUGGUUUCUGGUGUCCACGAUACCUGCAGUUUUUCAUCAGAUGACAAGGGCAUUGUUGGCAUCACAAUUAUCCACAGAAUUGGCCUCCGAGUUAAAGAAUCCCAAACCAUUCUGUCAAAUGACGAAUCCAUCCAAUAUGACAGAUGAUUCUCUUUCUGCUGUGACCGUUUUUGUGCCCGACCGUCUACGUGAUACUGAUUCCUCAAACGGGGAACCGAUUAAGGCAUCUAUGUUUGAUUUUGAAGUAGAUGAACAAACUUCGAAAGAGGACCAGGAGAUGGAUAGUAUAGCUGCAAGUGAAUGCAGAGGCGUUGGAACAGUUUGUCCUCAACCCAGUGACUUGAUCGAGCCAACUACGUUGUUAGGUGCUCGUGAUGCAGUGAAUCUCGAGCGUUUGGAAUUUUAUGGUGAUUCGUUUCUGCAUUUGAUGUCUACGCUCAGUGUUUACCACACCAGUCCACAGGAUGCAGGUGAAGGUCACUUAAAUUGCAAAAGAGCUUCACUUAUAUCAAAUGUUCACCUGUGUGAGAUUGCUCGAGAUUUGUCAUGGUAUGGAUAUUGCACUGGUCGAGUAUUCUCUCCAUCAGAACAUUUUGUACCUCCGUGCUACACUGUUUCUUCUGAGGUUUCUAAAUACGAUGAUCGUUUAUAUAUCCGCCUAUAUAACAAAUCCUUAGCGGAUAUGGUUGAAGCCUUGAUAGGAUGCUUUGUAGUGCACAUCGGGCUACCAUCGGCUGUAAAUCUGUUAUACUAUCUCCAGAUAUGUCCGGUGGAUUGGAAUACAAUAAAAUGUGACACAGAAUAUAAGAUUGAUGCUCCAUGGCAUUACCUUCUUCACUCAGAAAACUCAGAUAUUGCUGGCAGUUCAAAUUCCAGACGCCAAAUUCUCCGUGUAUCAUCACAGAAUUCACUGACCACUUGCAUAUAUCAAGAUCUCAAUGAGAAAUAUUUUGAUUUACAAUUGAAAUUGGGUUAUCGCUUUAGAAAUAUUGAAUUACUUGCUACAGCUAUGACACACCAGUCAUCAACUAACAGAGAGUACUGGGGAAAUUAUCAAAGAUUGGAAUUUCUCGGUGAUUCGGUUCUGGGUUUCAUUGUGAGCAAUCGCCUGUUCAAAAAGUGUCCUCAUGCUUCUCCAGGUGAACUGAGCAAAAUGCGAUCCAUAAUCGUGAGUAAUAACAAUUUGGUCAACACUGUAGUCGAGAAUGAACUAUAUGCAUUUAUUGACUCGGGCGUUUGUGAUAUAAAGCCUUUCAUUGAUGACAUAGAAAGUAUUCAUCAGCAAACCGAUUCGAUUUGUGAACGUAUCGAGCUACUGAUGAAGAAGGUUGGUGAGGGAUCGAAUGUGAAAAUUUUAGCCGAUGUAUUUGAAUCAAUUCUCGGGGCGAUUUUUGUGGAUAGUAACGGGAAUCAUUCUGUGUUAUCGUCGAUUAUUUUACGAUUCUUAGGCAGAAGUAUUAAAUAUUGCAUUGACAGCCUACCGAAGAACCCGAUUCAGCAACUUCAUUCAUCGCAGGGCAGUACUGGUGCCGUUCUCAGUUCACAGAAUAGUCAGAAGAGGUAUGUUUCGAAGCAUGUGAAGGGAUUUAUUGUGUGUAUUAUUGGUGUAUGUUCUUUUUUCUUUGUGAUCAGUGCUUCAGUUGAUGGGAAUUACAAUGCUUGCAGAAAAGAUUUAGAGUUUGCAUGUCUCUGGUUGAUGAAGGAGUGAGAAGAAGUGUUGACGAGAGAAUAGAUAUUUUACUGUGAGAGUGGUAAAACAGCACUGGAUUAUUAUUAUUAUUAUUACGUGUUCAUUGAGUCGUGUGAUAGUGUAAUGAUGCAACGAGUCCGUUUGAUUCGUUCGAACAAAGGAAGAAAGAUCAUAUUUGCACGAUGAUGAUACAUACGAGCUCAUUUCAUUCCAUUCCAUUGAUUCCUGUCAACUGAAUACAACGUACGUAGACGAAGAUUGUGAUGAAUGUAGUUUUCUGACAGUGGAGUCGAGUGAGUUAUCGAUUGAAAGUGGUGGAAUAGCUAAUAAUUAUUCAUAGGUGAAAGUAGACAAGAAGUAGUGGGCUGAGGAAGUGAAAUGAAGUGAAGUGCAAACUACCGCCUGACUGACAUAGACACAAGGAUAGACUAGACUAGACUAGAGAUGAUAGAAUGCAUGCCGGAUCGAAUAACAGAACAGAGUAAAAUGUGUACACCUGAUAUAUUCUGAUGGGAAUUUCAAUAGGACGGAGUGAAUGUUAGAAGUGGAAUGAUGACUCAGACAACCAAUUGAGUGGAACUCUAAUUCAUUCACUGAAAUUCAUCUCAUUAGUAGAAGUUGGUGGUGGAAAGCGAAACUGCACCGAUGUGCAACAGUUCAAGUCGCCACACUCCCUUCAUGUUGUAGCACACAAAGCCAGAGAAGAAGACUAAAGUUGAAAAAAGAGACAGUGAACAGAGAGAGAUAUGAGUCAGAAGGCAAGAGAAUAGUAAUAGAAGUGAAUGCAUAUUGGCCGUUGAGAACGAGGAUUUUGAGCCAUAUGACCAAUUGUCUCCAGCCGUCAUUGGUGUUUACUGUCGCGAGGACCCCAACCAGCGAGUCAGGAAUUCUACAUCUUCCUAAAUGACUUAAAUCAAGUGUUGUGGAUUUAUUUCAUUGAUUGAUGAAGCCAUGUUUUGGUUUGACAACCAGCAGCAGCAGCAGCUCUUUUCCAGCCUAACUGCAUGUCGGCUAAUAUUGCCCGUCGAGGAAGGUAUGCGAUGGCUAUGCUAGGCUAGGCCAGGUAUGCGUAACACAUGUCCUAACCAUAUGAAUCGGUGUGACUUGACAGUCUCGUCGAUGAUUUCGCCUCUUUACCUAGCACUCACUCGAUGGAGAACUUACCUCAACAUUCCUCACCCUAUUAUACUAUACGACUUCACAUGGAGGAUAGAACACAGACAGGCACAUAUGAUCAAAGACAGCUAGUCAGUUUUUCAUGUCUUACACUGUCAAUGGCCAGGUCUCACAGGCAUAAAGAAGAACGGAGCGGACUGGUGAGCAGCACACAUGCCCUUUGGUCGAUAGCCAGUCGGAUAUCAUGCUAUAGACAGGGACGGCGUGAGCCCUCCCUCUCGAGAGUCUCAUUGGUUAUGCUAUCACUCACUGAGAGAGAAUCCAUGUACAUUGAGUUGACGAGUCUGAAAUAGGAGGGGAUCCGCACUCGGGAUUCGAUUGCUAGUCACCAUGCUCUUGAAUACGUGAUGUUUGUUCUUUCUUUGUUCGAGUUAAUUGAGGUCAUCAGUCGUCAUAUGAUGAACCUACUGGUAUUUUCCAGUUGACAGUUAGUUAGUGUGACAGUAGUAAGAUGAUUGUUUCUUGUGCAUUUGCAAUUUGUGGAUACAGUGUUCUGGUACAUAGUUGUUGUAGACGACUUUGGUGACUUGACUACAGCGAAAUACGAUGCGAACUGUCUGUCUGUCACGGGCGGAAUCAUCCCAGUCUCAUCUGUCUUGUCGAUGAUACUGAUCAAAGAAAACAACGUUUGGGGUAGUAGUAUUAUCAUUCUGAACUAUUUCGUAAUCUUGAUUAAUUUUUGGUAAUCCUUCAUUGGAUUUCAAAUCCAUUAUAUAUAAAUUUAUGAAUUAGACAAAACUCAUCGCUCCCUCUUUCUUAUUGCACACUUAGAUGGUGAUGUGUAGUUCACAGUGAGCGAAUAUUAAUGCCGUGAGAAUUAUUUUUGUGUUUACUCGACUGACGACCAGCCAGCCAGCAUAAUAUUUAACUACCAGAGGUUACUACUUUCACAUAACACAUUUUUCGUUAAUUGUCAUUAUUAUUGUGUAUUCUGAUAGAGAAUGGAUCGUUGAAGAAAUGGACUGAUGAAAUACUUAUCAAUCGUUUUGCUGUGUUUGAGUGUAUAGUGUUCACAGUGUAGAAACUUUUCUUAUUUUAUUAAUCUCCGCACGUAUUAUGAGUUUCUAUGUUGAGCAAAGAUAUUUUGUUUUGGCGAGUUGAUCCUCCUCAAGCCUCAAGCGCAGCUGUCCACUCGCGCGUGUUUAUAUGCCUGAUUUUAGAUAUGAUAGAGAAGAUUUGUAGCUCAGGUGGAUGAUUUUGAUGUGGUUGUGUUCUCUGAGCUAGCUGGAUGGUUGAUUUGCGAAGCUUUCAUCAACCUACUAGGUGACAUCUUCAGCGCAUACUUCAAUUUGAAUUGAAGUGAGUUUUUAGAUUUCUCCGAGUUUAUUAACCAUCUCUCACCUUGGACGUAAUUGGUUGUUUUUGCGUGUUUUCACACCAUCUAGGUUACUUGUAUUGGAACUGAUUGUUUCUUUGACUUGAACUUUGACCCCUUGUGUGUGAAGUUUCUUUCUUAUCGGUUGAUAAAUUUUGACUAUGUCUAUGUGUCUAUUGAUUGAUGAUUCACUGGAAUACCAGGCGGCCUUCUAAAAAUUCUCUGGGUUGCAUUCUUGUUGUUUCCUCUGUCUAAUAUUUGAAUGUUGUCCCUGUCGAAUUGAUGUCCAUGGUUGUCUGUGUGUAGUGAUAUGAGUGAGAGAGUGGAUAUCAUGUCUCUUGACGGCUGACUUAUGUUCAUGGAUACGAAGACGAAGGGGACGUCCACUUUGACCGAUGUAGUGUUUUUCUCAGUUGUUACAAUUUAUUUUGUAGAUGGUGUUGGUUUCAUCUUCUUUUGGUUGACAGAAUUGAGUGAAGCGACUUUGUUGGUUUGUGUACGACGCUAGGGAGAAAACCAUCGGAAAGUGUUGGGAAUUCUUCUGGUACGUGGUGGAUCAGUGUCGUCAGUGAGAUGCUGCAAUCUCUUUUUUUAUUUCAACUGACAGGUGAUUCGAAUUAUCAGAGUGUUUGUGAAUAGUACGCCAUCCAUCGAUCCAUCCCAUGACACGGUUACCUGUAGAUCUGUAUGUCUUUUCAUCAGUGUCCCAUCAUCACCUGUCCUGUUCUUGUCAAUUGUGUGCAUCUAGAAGUGGAAUUAUUGAUUCAUUUUUGUGAAUUGAAUUGAAGGAUGGCAAUUAUUAUUAGAAUUAUGGCAGACUAUAUAUAAGAGUGUCGUCGACCUACCCUACCACCUAGUUAGUGUACAUCAGUGAUUUGUCUAUCCUUCAGUCAUUAAAAAAAAAAAAGAUAAAUGAUGAAAGCAAUACAAACAGAGAGUUUAUACAGCUAAGCUAAGCUGAGAUGUUCCAUCGGGCUGACCUGACCAAUUAUUAAUGCGUAGGGGACUACUGUCUAGACAGUUCAAUAUAACAUAAGAAAUAUGCGAAUAAAAAUCCGAGUCAGUCAAUGAGAUGAUGAUAGUGUCACAGUAGUAUAUUGUUAUCAAGAAAUGCAGCAGCAGUAAUGAGUGAGUUAUAUUCUUAGACAGGUUACUUGGAUAUACAGUAUGUUAAAGUCCAGUUCACUGCUACAAAUUAUUAUUCAUAUAAUCCACAGAAGUGUUCACUGUUGGAAUCGUGUCUACUAGUACUGUGGUAGAAGGUGUGUUCCGGUUGUAGAGUUGUCUUCGGAUAAGGAUAAUAGAUUCCUGCAAUGCAUCUUGAGUAGUAUACAACACGGUAUGAGUGGAGUAAGUAAGUAGACAGUAAUGGCCAGUGAGAAGGUGAAGCUACCAACACUAUAGUGUCUUUUCGAAUUGUACUCGGAAGUUAUAGGUAUUUGAACAAUGUCUCUAAUUUCGACAUGUAACCAAAAGGUGUACAAUCAUAUUGUUUGUUUACUCCAGAAGCUGUUUGUUUUGCACAGAGGGAGAGCGAGAGAAGGCAGAGAGUUUUGUACGUGAUGGGCGAUUUGCAAGGGUGUGUGCUGUUUUGAGUUUUCGAUAUCUUGAGGUGUUUGGUGAUUUAUUCGAUACUCGGUGGAUGAUAGAGAAGGAUUAUUUAGCGAUAGCUUUGUGGCGUGUGUGUGUGUGUGUUUGUAGAGGGUUGGUCCAAUAUAGAUAGAGCUGUGUUAACAGCCACUUCUGCUACUCCGGCGGAAUUCUAUGAAUCAGACAUCAAAAUAUACUAGACAAGGUUACAUGAACUGUGAUCGAAAUUCCACCUGAGACUGGUGAAUAUUAGUCUGCUUUUCGUGAACACUAUAUAAACAGCAUGUAGUUUUUCAUCAGAUUUAAUUUUCAUUCCUUUCGACUGAAUUUCAUGGUCAUAGAAAACUGCAUAUCAGGAAAUAUAUAUAUGUGUGUAUGCGGUAUGCAAUAGUGUGUAUGUGUAUGGGGAUACGAUUGUAAGUCAUUUGUUAGCCUCUCUCCAUAAGAAGAUAUAGACAAACGGGAAUUUAGAUCAAGUGUGUGUUUGAUCAGUGAGUGAUACAUAUUCAUUUUUAUUAAUUAAUCAGGACUUCCAUGCAUGCAUCAGCUAAUAUCAUCACGCCUUCACGUGUAUUCAGACUUCUUUGGGAUUCACUCAUAUAUAUUGUAUGUAGGGUUUCUGCGGUCAGUCUUUCCUCAUCCGAACGAAGAGCUUUGUGUAGAAGCUUAGUCCUGCCACCAAAAGUCGAUUUUGUGUCCCAUAUUCAUCGAGUGCAGUGGAAUCGCUGAUCUGUUUUCUAGCUUGUUCAAGUUCACAGCCGUCUUAAGAGGGACAGCCACCUUUAGAUAUUGUUUAAUCCGGUGACCUCUUACAUUUACCUGUCUCGAAGAUUCUCUUACAUUUACGACGUGUCACAAUUCCCACAAUUGAUCUGGUAGACAGAGUUCAGUUGGUUGGUUGGUUGGUUAUCUUCUUCUUUUUAUAUUGUACCCUUAACGUUCACUAACCAGCGAUGAGCGAGCGUGUAAGGUGGUGGUGUUAGUUGCCCGAAAAUACACUCGUACGUUGUCAUGAUUGUUGAGGAUUCGCCUUUUUAUUUCAUCCUGUAUUAACCACCCAGCCAAUUCUUAGCACCAGAUUUCGAUUCAUGCUUAUUUUCACAUUUUAGACAUCGUUGUUUUUAAUGAAGGCUUUGGGAUAAUUGUGACCUGAACCAAUUGAUCCGAUAGUCUGUUUAGUGUUGUGUUUGAUGAAUGAGUAUUGUCCUUCUCUCGCCUACUGAUCCAUUUGAGGUGUCGUGUGUGUGUGUGUGUGUGUGGAUACUACCUACAUUCAUCAUGUUGUUGAUUGAUAACAGUAUUUCUUCAAUGAUUCCCGCCCGCGUCAUAUAUAAAUGAAUGUGUCGGAAUGAAUAUUCUUUGUCUAUUGAUGAAUCAGUCUUUCCAAUUUUAUUUUGCUACGUGAUUUGUUCAAAGCUUCAAUCAAUGUUUGUUGUUAUUUGGUUGUGUUCUGAAUCUUGUGGGAAACAUUUAUCUUUACUUACUUUUUUAUUUAUUAAUUGAUUCAUUUUUGUGAUAGAAAUUCCAACAAUACGGCAUUGGAUUCAAAUGAUGGAGAUAAUUCUGAGUCAAUGGCUGCAUGGACUUCUGGGAAACGUAUCUGUGCCACUGGGAAUGGGAAUACACGAAAUGAAGCUCUUCUGCAAUUGGUUGAGACGUUGGCUAUAUCAUCAUCAGAUGAGGAUAAAGAGAAUGUCAUGAUGAUUUCCGAUGAUUAAGUCGUAUGUGCAUGUCGUCGUUGUUAUAGUAGUAGUAGUAGUUGAGAAUGGAUGGGGGUGGGUGAUGAAUUUCAACAUUCUCUGCAUGUUAACUGAUUGUGACGCUUCUUUGCUUGUUGUUGGUGCCUACCGGUGAAGAUUUUAUUUUCCCUUUGAUAUGUAUCCACAUAUAUAUAUUUAUGUGUGUGUGUGUGCAUGUUGGUCUCUCUUUCUGUUUGCUCGGUUAGUCUGUGACCACUUCACUUGUAUGGACUUGUCUCCUUUAAUAAUGUGUAUUCUCCUUAUAUUAUAUUAUAUAUAAUAUGAGUGUUUGUUGACAGUCCGUUGCUUGGUGACAUAUAUCCAUAUAUGUUUGUUGGCAUGUCUGCUAUAUUCGCUAUGUAUAAUUGGAUCGACACUCCAUUAUAAUUAGCCAUUCAUGUUAAGACUGUCUAAUGAUUUUUCCCACGCUUGUCUGAAUUAUUUAUAUAUAUUCGCAUUCAGAAUUUGUGUGAACUACUUUACUUUACAACUACUUGACUUUACUUACUUACCACUUUGGUGUGAGACCAUUUAUUUUCGUCUCCUUGUGUUUGGACAAUGGAAGUAUCAUCGCAAACCUAGUGGUCUUCUGAUUUCCGCCUUCUCGCGUCAGGACUAUUAAUUUCUCGACCAGACCAUAACAAUAAUUCAGCGACGAGUACAUAACACCCUUAUAAUUUUUGUACAAGUUAGUUUGUACUAUCUUUAUUUACUGUCGAAUGGGAGAAUGAAGAAAUAAACAUGUUGAUUGAGUGAAGUGUUGUUCACCUCUAGAA